ACCAUCAAGCGCCACGUCACCGAAGGUUGCAAGAACCCCGAAGCAUCUGGAAUUUCUCUCGCCCGGGAACCUAUUUAUUCUUCAUCCUUCAAUUUCUUCUCCCUCGUUAAAACUUUCUCGCUCCAAAACACCGCACGGCUCGUCCUUUUACAAAGCACUGAAAAAAUCUCAGGUUCGAAGAUGAAUAUCCGUUUUGCAAUUUUGAUUUUCGUAUUUGCAGCUAUAUUGAUCUUAAACCCGGAAGCCAAAACCAUCGACCCUUACAAGGUUCUUGGGGUUGACAAAAACGCAAGCCAACGUGAAAUUCAGAAAGCUUUCCACAAGCUUUCUCUUCAAUAUCACCCAGACAAGAAUAAAAAUAAAGGUGCUCAAGAGAAAUUCGCUGAGAUUAACAAUGCGUAUGAUAUUUUAUCUGAUGAAGAGAAGAGAAAAAAUUAUGAUUUGUAUGGGGAUGAGAAGGGCAAUCCUGGAUUUAAUGCUGGCCAACCUGGGGAUCACGGUGGUUACACUUACUUCACAAGUGGUGGACCAGGGCAAAGUCGGUUUACUUCUAGGUCUGGUGAAUGGCAGAAUAUGGGUGGGCAGGGAAGUUCCCAAACUUUUUCAUUUUCCUUUGGUGGUCCAAGUGGAGGGAACUCAUUUGGUUUUGGCCUGGAUGAUAUUUUCUCCGGCUUUUUUGGGGGUAAUGUCAAAGGUGGGCGUCAAUUCGGUGGUUUUAGUGGUUCUGGUGGUUCUCAAUCUCGAUCUAGGAAUCCCCCUAAGAGCCUCAGAGCCGUAAAUUCUCAGGUUUUCAAGAAAGAAAUAUCUGACCAAGGGAUGACUUGGCUUUUGUUAUCUUACACACCCUCUUUGAAGGGGGACCAGUAUUAUGAAUCCAUUAUUGGGGAAGUUGCCAGUUCACUGGAAGGAGCUUUAAAGGUUGGAAGCAUAAAUUGUGAAACUGAAUUAUCUUUCUGUAAGGAACUUGGCAUACAUCCCCGUAGGGCUCCCAGGAUAUUUGUUUAUUCAUACAAAACAGGUGAUAAGGGUUCUUUGGUGGAGUACAAUGGUGAUUUGACAGCAAAGAAUCUAAAAUCUUUUUGUCAAGACUACUUGCCCAGAUAUUCUAAGAGGAUUGACCUGACUCGUUUUGAAUUAACUGCUGAAAAAUUGCCAAGGGUGGUACUUCUUUCCACAAAAAGAGAUACACCUGUAAUUUGGCGAGUUCUCAGUGGCUUGUAUCGUGAACGAUUAAUUUUCUAUGAUGUGGAGGUUCAUGAUGUUUCUGAUCCGGCAGUGAAGAAGUUGGGAGUUGAUGCCCUUCCAGCUAUAGUUGGUUGGUUAUCAAAUGGAGAGAAGCACGUCCUUAAAACAGGGAUUUCUGUCAAAGAUCUGAAAUCUGCAAUUCAUGAACUUAGUAUAUUACUUGAUGGUUUUGAGAAAAAAAACAAAAAGGCAGCUUCCUAUCAGGCUAGCACUGCACAAACUGAUUCAGUGGAGAAGAAGAUACCUCUGCUGACAGUAUCAAAUUUUGAUGCUGUGUGUGGGGGGGCAACUCCCGUUUGUAUUAUAGGUGCUUUCAGAUCAUCCAAAGGAAAAGAGAAACUGCACUCCAUUUUGUUAGAUGUCUCACAGAAAUCAUUAUCCAGGCAACAGAAUUCAGCCUUCAGCUCAAGAAACGCCAUAUCUUAUGCCCUCUUAGAUGCUACAAAGCAGUCAUCAUUCUUAAGUGCAUUUGAUAAAUCGGGAUUCAAGUCAUCUGAGAAGUUCUUGGUGGCCUACAAACCUAAAAGGGGGAAGUUUGCAGCAUUUACUGGUGAAAUAAGCACAGAAGAAGUCGAGAGAUUUAUCGGUUCUGUUCUUAAUGGGGACGUACAAUUUGCCAAGACACGACAGAAGCCUGUUAUCAAGUAAUAGUGGUAACAGAACAUAGUAUCAGAAUUUCAUACUGUAGACAGCGUGAUCGGAGAGUAAUAGUGUCACGAAAAUUUUGAUUAUCUAACAACAGCAAUGAUACAAGGUAACGGGUGAUGCUUAUUAUUUGCACAUAAAGAGUGGACUGGAAGAGCAUCUUUAGCACAGAGGCAGGAGGGUGGAAGAAUUUUUGACCAAACAAAUGAGGUUUCUGUUGUUUCAACAUAUAUUAAUGGGUGCAAGAAUUUUGUAAAUUGAUCAUUUUUAACUUGUUAAGUUAAUUCUACAUUAGAAAAAAAUUUUAUAAAUUAAAACGAACUAAAUAUGUUGGUAACGAGUGGAAUAAAAGGGCAAUUAUGUGGGUAAUUUUGUAUGCGUGAUUGGGUGAAGGAUAGAGACUUUUGGGUGUAUUAUUUGAGAGGUUUUCGAGUUUGAUUUAUCUAGGUUAUUAAUAAAGGUGAGUAUUGGAGGGUUUAUUCGGUCUUUAAUUUUAGGGUUCGGAGGAUUAAUUAUGCGAGCUGAUUUGGACACUAUGGGGUAACAAAAAAAAUUAUAUUAUUUUCCUUAGGGGAGUUGAUUAAUUAUUGGUUAUAAGUCACAUACUUUACCCAUAAUUAAUUCUUGAAGGAUAAAGAUUAAACAAGAGCACCCCCUUCACCAACCACAACAUCAAAUAUUUUUCUGUUGUUUAAGUGCAAUUAGCAUGUUCUUGUACCAAUUAAUCAAUUAAUAAUGGCUACAUUAUUUGUGUAUGAUUCACUCGUCAAAGCAAAAACAAAGCCAACU